AUGGAAGUUAGCAGUACAAGUGUGAAGAUUGAAGAAGCGAGAAGCUAUCAUAUUGAGCUCAAUCGAUUGUAUGAAGUAACAAAAGGAAAAGUAGAAGCCAUCAGAAUAGGGUAAAUCGGGUAGUAAUACGCACAUUAACCACGGUUUUAGAGCUGGAUCACUUGAUAAGAAACAACUGGAGAGCGAUGUGAAGGAAGCCCAACGCUUACUGCGCUCUAUGCAGACAAAAAUUGGCAAUUUGAAACGUCUCUCAAGUGAAGUAAGAGUUUUUCAAGGAAACACCAAGUCCAUUUUUCUUCAGAUUAUUUCAUCGAAUGAACGGAAAAAAGUAGAAAUCAAUGUGUCAAGUCAUGAGAAGCAGUUGAAUCAGUUACAAAGAAGAUUGAAAGAGGGAUCAGAAGAAAUUGGAAAGGAAAUCAGUAGGCGCUAUUUACAAUUUCCAGCUAAAUAGUUCUAAAUAGUUCUAAGGUUCUAAAUAUAUGCACUCUGGCAUUUAGUUAUUAAUCUAACGGCGGCCUUAUAAGAUUGAUAUGACACCUAAUUAGAUUAAUAAAUUGUCUAGCUAGAUUAAUAAAUCUUCUAACUAGAUUAAUAAGUACUCAAAUCAAUUUUUACGCCAACCGUCUGCUAGCUCAAAUCUCAAUUGCGCCAAGAAAAAACAGUCGAAUCUAAUUGGGUCGUGUUUAGAUCAGUAACUUUCUAAUUAGAUUAAUAUCGAAUUGCCAGAGCACGGGCCGGCAAAACCUACGGGGGACAGAAAAUUGUGAAGCUGUAACUUUCCACUGAAACCUUCUGGGGCUAUUCAGAGUAUGUUUAUUUUCCGUUUUUUUUUCGUUUUUUUUACAUCGCUGAAUUGGGUUUUUUUUGACGUAAAAAAACGAAAAAAACGGAAUUCACAGCCUGAAUAACCCCAUUACAUUUACUUCUAACCUGGCUCAUUUUGAAGAACACAAUACAAUUGAACUUUUAUCAGAAUGACGAAGGUCUAUGUUCGAUGUUCGAUUUCUUCGAUUUCGAUUCUCUAUGCUCGUUUUCUGAAGAUAAAUUGAAAAAAACCGCUAGUCGCAUGUGUGAAAAGCCGGGCCGUGAUAUGUUCUUUUACAGUGAGCGAGGAAAGAAAAUCGUUGCUCCUGACGAGGGAUGGCAAGAUGGCAACUGGUAACAUAAAGAUUGCUGACCCGGAAAUAGUGGGUGAACUGAUUUCUAACUAAAAUAAGCUGCGACCUUCCAGAGAGCCAAUCGCCUUCAAGAUCUUGUGACCAGUAUGGCUCAGACUGUCGAUAGCAACGAACAGACUAUGAGCUCACUAGUACAUUCGUCAUCUGUUUUGGGAUACACACAAUCAGAAUAUGACAGCCAAAAAGGACACAUCACGGUAUUAUAGGGGCACCGGACAGAAAGGGCGCGCUGUUCGCAAUCUGGCCGAAUUUCUAGGCCACGAAGUAAUUUUCCACUGAAAAUGUGGCCUAACUUUUCAAACUCGACCCCGAGGUCGCUCAAUUUGCACUGCAAAAAGAGUUUCUCAUUAGAACGCCAUUUCUGUGCGGUGCCCCUAUAAUAACAUCUCGGUUAUUCUGCACUUCAAUGAAUUAUGUUUUUCAGACAGGAAGAAAACUUCUGUCGAAGUACGAGCAGCGAGAGUUCACUGAAAAGAUUCUGCUUGUGUUCUUCUUCCUUUUCUAUUUCGGGGUCGUUUAUUACAUUCUUCAAAAACGAGUUUUGUCGCGCUUUUGGAUCUUCUGAAAUAAAUUAUUUACUUGGUAAUGGAUAUGGUCCUUCAAAAGCUCUGUUUUGCACUCGUUAAUUACUUUGAAAAAUGCUUCUACUAAUGAAUGUUUACUGAUUUUAGAUGACUUCCACAACUGAAAAUAAAGCAUACACGUCUGUAGACAACGGAAUAAAAAUGGUUGAGCUCGUUCACGAACUCGCCGAACUGUUGAGAGAAGCGAAAGAUGACGUACGAAUGUCUGAAACACCUACAAUUAAAAGGGUACUUUAAGGAAGCCAAACGUCUUUUGACUCGUGUCCCGAAUCUUAUUAGAUUCAAUGACGACUCGGGUAGAUCGACUGUUCACUUCGCGGCGGUUGGCGGAAGCCUUCCUCUUCUUCAGCUCGCCAUUCUCAACAACCCUGAAGAUGUCAACAAAGAAGAUGAGCUCGGAUGGACUCCGCUAAUGGUCGCCAGCUCGGCUGGACGUGCUCACAUAGUCAGAUAUCUUUUAACGCAGCCCCUGGUCGACGUGAAGCAUGCCAACGCCAACAAACAGACCAGUUUGCACUACGCUUGCAGCAAGAAUCAUAUAGAGGUUAAGAGCAUUGCAGUUUUGGCAUUUGAACUAAAUCAGGACACUCAGAUCGUGAAACUUCUGAUCGGAGCGGAUCCCGAUUGCAUUAACCUGCCGGAUAAGUUCGGAGCGACCGCUUUGCACAGAGCGGCCAGUAUGGGACAUGACACAGUUAUCCGAGCUUUGAUUUCUACUGGGAAAUGCAGCUUGAACAAGCAAGACAGCGAGGGGAACACUCCGCUGCAUUUGGCUGGAGACGAAGAUCACGGGGACGUGGCAGUGCUUCUCGUGCAUCGCGGUGCCGACAUCGGCAUCAACAACAACGAGAAAAUGACGCCGUUGCAGAUGGUGAAGAACUCUGAGCUUCGUCAAAAACUGAAAAUGCUGGCCGUCGAAAAGAACUGA